GCAGGGAUGAUUUUAUAAUUUGGAAAACUUCAAUUUCAAUUUUCAAAGUCUCUGUUAUUUUACAACUUUGUUGCGAGGAAUUUUCGGUUAAGAAUAUGCUUUUAAAAUGAAAAGACACCGUCAUACAAAUGAAAGGCGCUGGGAGUGUAGAUUGUGUAAUUGUUUCCAAGCAAUUUCACUACGAACGUUGCUUAAUCACUAUAAUAAAGUUCAUGGAAAUGAGCCUAAUUUUCAAGUAGUUUGUGGCAUCGAGAAUUGUCCAGCAACAUUUACGAAAUAUAAUUCGUUAUACAAGCACAUCACCAGAUCUCAUAAGGAAGUCUACGAUGGAAAUAUUGAGGAUAACGCUGACGCUGAAUUUAACAAUGAGGAUAAUAUCGAUGAUAUUGAUCACCACUUCACAGUUGAAUCAGAUGAGAGCAGUAGUGCUGAAGAAUUGGAAUUGGAAAUGAAUAUAGAUGAGAACCAGAAUGUUGACAAUAUUGACAUUACAAAGAGUGCUGCCUCAUUUCUCUUAAAGGUGAAAGAAAGGAAUAAAAUACCUCAGUACAUAGCAUGA